CUUUGCACUUGGUCACUGGUCAGGCCUGACGCCACUGCCCUGGGGAACACCACCGGUUGCCGAAGAGCUGGAUUCUCCCAUUCCUCCUCGCCAACGGGUGCUAGAGGAAAGCUGAAGUGCCUGGGCUUCUCCGAGGAGGAGGAAGACGGAGCAGCCAUCUAAGUGUGGCACCUCAGAGAGAAGCCGGCAGAACUCGCUACAGGAAGGCUCGGGAGCCGAGCCCAAGUCGUCACCCCACCCCUGGGCCUCGGGGGCCAGGCUGGGCCACAGCUGGCAGAUCUGUGCCCAGCAGAGUAUGACCGCCUUCCACUGACCCGGAACCCCAGAUCAAAGGCAUGUCUUCAACCCAGCAAGUAUGGCACACGGUGGUGCCCCCGCCAGACCUGAGCAGCCCCACGGCAGUGGUGCCCAUGUCGCCCGUGUCCCCCGCAGCCCCAGGCUCCCCCGAGGAUGGACCAGAGAAGGUGUCGUCCCCGCUGGAAUGUUCCAUCUGCUUUACGGGCUAUGACAACAUCUUUAAAACCCCCAAGGUCCUAUCCUGCACUCACGUCUUCUGCCUGGAGUGCCUGGCUCGGCUCAUGGCGGCCCAGCCCGCCGGGCAGUCGGACGACACGGUCCCCUGUCCCCUGUGCCGCCAGCCCACCCCCGUGCCGCUGGCCGGGGCCCCUGCCCUGCGGACCAAUCAAGAGCUGCUGGCCUCUCUUGCCCCCCACCUCCGGAAGGAGGAGAGGGUCUGGAUGGACGGGAGUAAACUCUGCUACAGGCCGCCCUUGCCCCCCAGCACGUCGGAGCCCCCCGCCUGCAUCUGCGUGGACGUGGGCAUGAGCAAGCCCGAUGCCAUCCAUCUCCCAUCUCCGGCCCCGGCCCGCCGCAGGGGCUUCUUGGCCCGCUGCUCCUACUGUAGUGACUGGAAGAGAAUUCUGCUCAUCGUGGUGCUGCUGAUCAUCCUCUUCUGUAUCGUCCUGUGGCCUGUCCAGUGCGCCCUCAAGACUGGCAACCUGCGCUGCUUCACCCACCCCCCUUCCACUAUCAAUCACCGGCCCACUCCCGCCGAGUUGCCCCUGAAUGAUAAUUAGCUAGCUGGGCCCCAGGGCCCCCUCGGCCCAACCUCUGCCUCCCCUGAGUGCAAUAACCAAGCCUCCACCCACCGGCCAGCCUUCUCAGCCUCCCCAGCCUCCCCGGCUCCCAGAGGGCCUGGCUCUCGAGGACCUCAUUGGUUGGGGGGCUGGUGGGAGAGGGUAUGAAGUGAGGAGAUAAUACGGAGUCAAGCUAUUCCUAGACUCACAGAAAUGUCAGAGCGGGAAGGGGCCCUACCGGUCACCUGCUACAAAGAAAGUGACUGGUCCAAGGUCACACGAUGAGCUAGGGAGGGAGCUGGGCUCCUGGUCAGAACUCUUUCUAAUGUAUCCUUCAUUAAAAUGUGAAAAAGAAUUAGGUAGGGAAGGUGGGAGUGUUUCUUCCCCUCCCAAAGUCACUGGGGUGGGGUGGGUAGAAUGGGGGCAAAGAGAAUGCCCCUGGAACCAUGAUAUGUAAUUUUCUAUGGCUUCUGUAUAUUUUAUUUUUAUUUUAUUUUUAUGUGGACAUUUCACACUUGAGGCUAUGGUGUCUUCCACACCAUCUCUCCCCGGGCAGGGCUGGUCCCUCCCCUCCCCUGGACCCAGUCAUGCUCUCCAGCCCUCCCCACCCAACACACAUCACACCCCUCCUCCAAUCACCAACCUCCUGCCCCCUCCCUAGUCUGGCUGGCUAGGGAAGAGCUCCGUCCUUGACUCCCUUCCCCACUACCAGAACCAGCUUUGGGGUGGGCUCCCUAAGCCAGACCUUGCUGAUGCCCCUAUUCCCAGCACACAACCCCCAUUCCAUUGGUCUGAGCAGACCUUGGGCAUUAACUGACCAGCAAAGCUUCCAUUCCCCGUCCUCCUUCCCCAUAGACCUCCGAUGAGGAAGUGAGCAAGAAGCAUUGCCCCCUCCUUUGUUAAUAACUGUGUUGUUUGAUAAAUAAAUAAAUGAUUUUUUUAUCUG